AUGUAUUUUGCUCACAAUUUAUUUGAAAAACCAAAACAAGAAUCCUUUAAUAUCGAUAUUGCAGUCCUUGACAUUAUGAUUAGGAUUAUGAAUUUAUAUGACAUGAACAAUGGAAAUAUCGGAUUUAUUUUGAAAGGUUAUGGCAAGCUUGGUUGGCGACAUCUUAGGGAUAAUAACCUCGAAUUGAUUCCUCAAAUUAUUGACUUUGUAGUUCCGACAAUUAAUGAUGUAUAUGAUGAUGAUCUUAAACUGCGCUUUCUUCAAGGAGACCUUUAUAUAAAUACUUCAGGAAAUUCUUCAAGGCAAGCCAGAAGAAAACAAAUAUUGCAUGGGAUUCAAAGCAAUCAAAAGGAUCCAAGAACUUUAGAGAAUCUCAUACCAGUUGAAAAUCCAGACAAUUCUCAAGAUGCAGAUGAAUUUCGACUAAAGGCGUUGUUGAAGCAAAAGGCAGACGAACUCAAAACAUUGUUUCUUCAACGUAGAAAUGACUUGCCUGUUCUCAGGAACAGAACUAAUGCAGAACUUAUCGGAUUCAAGUCCAAGAGUUCUUCAGAUGAAAAAUCGAACGAAAAGAAACAUAUAACAACUAUCGAAGAUUUAUUUGCUAAUCUUGACAAGUACUGUGAAGAAAUCAUCCACGCAUACCAUACGCUUAAGAACUUCAUCAUUGAAGGCUAUCAUCAAUAUUACGAUAAAGAAGGAAAUCUCAUACCACAAUCAGAUUAA